AUGGAAGCAGUUUCGUCUGUGCUCUUGAUCGUCUUGCUUCAGAUCUCUGCUGCUGGAGGGAUCAAAGUGAAUAUGGGUCCGAUAGGACCCGAAGCUGACCCCCUGCCAGCCCGCCGCCACGUCUUCACCAGAGAGAGGAUGAUGGAGUUUAUGAACGCACUUCCCGGGGACAUCGAUCCGAUUGUGUUUGCCGUUCAUCCUGAUACUCCGUAUGAGCAUGUCCCGGACUACUUCAAACGAGAGCAGUUCCGCCCGUGCCAGUCGGUGAUUGACCGCCACAUCGGCGAUCCUUUCCUCCUUGGUACCGAGCCCUUCUACAGUGGUCCAGCGUUACCGGACAUCGACCCGACAUUGCACAGGAGUCCCUUCAGGAACGGAUUCUGCGCCAUCCAUGUCAAAGGCAAGUCUCUUCUGUUCCUGCCAGGAGCAAACCUCCUCGGCAGGGAUAUGUUUGCAGAUGACUCUUUCACCAUGAAAACCGAGCCGAUCCAGUCGUAUUUGUCUCCUUUCCGGUCUUACCUCUACGGCGAGGAGGAGGAGGAGGACGGGGAGAAGGUCGAGCGAGUCCCCAUCAGCACUGCUAGGAUGAUGAGGAACGAGAUCGACGAGAUGAUUGUGAACGGACGUUCUACAACAACGUAA